CCCCUCUUUCGCGACUGUUAACAACUAAGAGGAUACAUCACGCAUGAGCACGACGGCAACCCCCGCGACGCAGACGGCAGAAGGUGGCGAAGAGUACUUGAACUCAAUGAACUUUCGAUCGCUCAUCGAGUGGUUUACGGCUGAAGCGCUGCUGAGCCGACCGGAAGACCCGCUAGCGUUUGUGCGGACUGUAAUUUCCGAGAAACUUGCUCAGAGGUCGUCCGGGGAGAGCUACAACCCAGACCACGCCAUGGCAUACAUCAAGCAAUGCUACGCCGAAGCCAGUGCGUCGGCCGAUGAAAAUGGACGCUUGUGCUUGCGUCCCAAGCGCGACACGAACGCAACGCCCUCGGGAGACUUGGCUUCCAACAAGCGACUCGUUCUACUCGAGAAACUCAUCCAAGCCUUUCGAGUGAUUACGAUGCAGUUGGAUCCCAUGGAAGCCACCAACUCCAUCAUCAAGCACACGUGCAAGAUCCUCAACGCCGAGCGAGCCACCCUCUUCAAAAUGGACCCCGUGACCCAAAUGUUGCACUUGAACGUUGCCGAAGGGGCGUCCGAGAUCAGUGUGCCAUUUGGCAAGGGAAUCUGCGGCGUGGUGGCAGCUACAGGCAAAUUGGUCAACAUUGCCAAUGCGUAUGCGGACCCAAACUUUGACUCGCAAUACGACAUGCAGACGGGGUACCACACUCGGUCGAUCCUGUGUGUGCCAGUGCGCAACGGCCAAGGCCAAGUGGUGGGGGUGAUGCAGGCAUUGAACCGCAGCGGCAACGAGAAGGACACGGGGUUCACCGACAUGGACGAGGAGGUGAUGACGAUCUUGGCGGCGCAAGCGGGCAUAGCGAUCCAAAAUGCGCAGAACCACAAGACGGCACUGCAAGCCCAGAAAAAGGUCACGGAAGUGUUGGACAUCGUCAAGGCCAUGCACAGCGACUUGGGCAUCAACUCGCUGAUCUUCACCGUGACGCAUCGCAUCCAGAGGCUCGUGGGAUCGGACCGGUGCUCGUUGUACCUGCUAGACAAAGUCACGAACGAGCUGUGGACGCUGCAGGGCGAGGUGGACAUUCGCAUUCCGUCCAACCAGGGCAUCUGCGGCGCCGUGGCCGAGAGCGGCAAGCUGAUCAACCUCAAGAAUGCCUACGAAGACGCCCGCUUCAACAAGGAGUACGACCAAAAGCUCGGGUACAAGACGUCGACGAUCCUCGCGUUGCCGCUGCACAGCCACAAGCAAGACGUGAUUGGUGUCAUGCAGCUGAUCAACAAGACAGACGGCAUCUUCACCCCGGACGACGAAGAGAUCCUGACGACGUUCCUCAGCAUUGCGGGGCCGAUUCUCGAGAACUCGCCGCUGUUCCUGCGGGCCAAAGGCACGGGGGGAGAAAACGAACUCACGGGGCGCCCGGUGUCCCACGGAAAGCCCGUGACGUUUGACCCUGAAAUGAACCAAAUCCAAGAAUCGGACGGCGCAGAAGACGAAGAGUGAGGCAAUAUGGACGGGGUCUCUUUACCGGUAGAGGUGUUUGUGUAUUAAUGCGACAACUCAGUUGAGUUCAUUUGGUCAUUUGAGUACAUGGGGGCUAGAUCG